AUGGAUGUUAAAUUUUUGAGAGAAUAUAAGGAAGUAAGGUGUUUUGCUUCGUGGUCUAAUACUGGAAACAAGGAUCAACUAAUUGGCCAAAUAUAUGAGGACAGUGAAAGUGACAGUGGGUCUGAUUCUGACAGCAGUUGUAAUGAUGAUAGCAGUGACGAAUCCAGUAGUGAUGAGGAUAAGGUAUUUGAAUUUAUAAUUGAUAAUGAUGGCAAUGUGGUAUCUCAGACUGAAUCGCUCCCUGUUACUGAGGGACGCAGUGAUCCGUUGACCGACAACGCCCGUGAUUUUCCCCCGCUGUACCCGCGUCGGGAUGUUGAUGCCGUUAAUUUCGAUAUGCCCGCCAUGAUUUCUCACAAGAAGCGUCGCCGAACACAGGAUGAUGCGGCAGAUGAACCUUCACCAUUGGCUCGCCCUUCCGAUGGGCCUCUAGUAAAGGACUCCCUUUCUGAGUCUGAAAUCGUGGAUGAGGACGCCACAGGUGCUUUCACGCCUGUGCAGAAGAUCCCUGACACCUUUACAUCUUCCGUUGUUCCUGUUGUCCAGGACGCCCCUUCGGAGACGCCCGUGAAAGAACCUGCUUCCGGUUCCCACGUUUCUUCUCCGGUGUUCUCGGACAUUUAUCCUGUCGACUCUGUUUCCUAUCCCCCUUCUGCGACUUCUGUCGCCCCCUCUGGGUCACAGCCUUCUCCCAUGAAACAACUGAUUGAUUCUGAAGUGCCAGUGGAUCCCGUUGUUAUUCACGGACCGUCCCUCCUUGAACCUAUGCCUGCGGACGAGUUGGAUGUAGAGGCCUCUCCCUCGCAAUCUGAAACGGAAUACCUACAUGAUGCUCCCACGCCAGCGAACGCGGCAGCGUCGGCGCCGCGGAGUCGCAGUAGAACCCGUAAACAGCCACAGAGCGCAGCGUCACGGCCGAAGAAAAAGCAGUGGGAAGAUAAGGGUUCUGUUUCGUAG